CGCACCGCCCUCCACCGCCGCCUACCUCUCUCUUCUCUUCCAUAGCGCCCAGCCUCGUCUCCAUUCUUCAGCCUUAGCUCCCUCCAUUUCGGCACCACGUUUCAGACCUUUUCCCCGUUCUUACUUGCUCUCUUUCUUUCUUCCUUGUCUGACUCUCUUCUGGAUUGAAAGCCUUGGAGGCCUUCAUGAGCGCCCGACGACCAGCUCCAUGACGACCGGAGGCCGCCGAUGGAAUGGCAGAUCCCGUCGACAUCGACAAGGCACUUAUUGCUUUAAAGAAAGGCACCCAGCUGCUUAAAUAUGGUCGCAAGGGGAAGCCAAAAUUUACUCCCUUCAGACUAUCAAAUGAUGAAUCUACUUUAAUUUGGGUCUCAAAUAACAAAGAGAAAAGUUUGAAGCUAUCAUCUGUGUCUAGAGUUCUCUCAGGACAAAGAACACUGGUCUUUCAACGUUUUCUGCUCCCUGAGAAGGACCAUUUAUCCUUCUCACUGAUAUAUAAUGAUGGCAAGCGGUCUCUUGAUCUGAUCUGCAAGGAUAAGGUUGAGGCAGAAGUCUGGUUGGCGGGCCUUAAUGUAUUGAUAUCUCCUGGACAGCAUGGAUCCCUACCCCAACACAUGGAUGUAAUACGCAAUGGUUCCCUGUCUUUUGAGUGUGGCAGAGAUAGUAGCCUGAGCAGUAGCUCUGCUUAUACAACAGAUUCCCUUGAGAAUAAGUUGAGCUCAGCGAAUUCCGCCAAGGAUCGUUCUUCCGGAGAAUUUACAUAUUCAGAAAGGACAGAUGUGUCAGAUAUGCAAGUGAAAGGUGCUUCUUCAGACAUUCGAAUCAGUGUUUCCAGUGCUCUCAGCACAUCCAGCCAUGGUUCUGGGGACGAUUCUGAAUCAUUUGGGGAUGUUUAUGUCUGGGGGGAAGUCAUGUGUGACCCUACUUGUAGGCAGGGGUCUGAUAGUAAUGCUUACUCUGCUUGUGCAAGUACUGAUGUUAUUGUACCAAAACCCUUGGAGUCAAAUGUAAUGCUUGAUGUCAGUUAUGUGGCUUGUGGUGUGAAGCACGCGGCACUGGUUACACGACAGGCAGAGGUAUUUACAUGGGGAGAAGAAUGCAGUGGCCGUCUUGGUCAUGGGGCUGGUACAAGUGUUUUUCAGCCGCGUCUUGUUGAGUCAUUGUCCAUAUGCAAUAUCGAAACAAUUGCCUGUGGUGAAUUCCAUACUUGUGCUAUCAGUGCAACUGGUGAUCUUUACACCUGGGGAGAUGGUACCCACAAUGCUGGACUCCUUGGUCAUGGAAGUAACGUGAGCCACUGGAUUCCAAAAAGAGUUUCAGGUCCUUUGGAGGGCCUUCAGGUGUCAGCUGUUUCUUGUGGCACAUGGCAUACUGCUUUGAUAACCAGUUCUGGAAAACUGUACACGUUUGGUGAUGGCACAUUUGGAGUCUUAGGUCAUGGAAAUCGAGAAACUAUCUCAUGCCCGAAAGAAGUGGAGUCAUUGAAGGGUUUAAGGACAAUUUCUGUUUCAUGUGGGGUGUGGCAUACUGCUGCUGUUGUUGAGGUUAUCAUGACACAGUCAAAUACUUCAUCUGGAAAGCUAUUUACAUGGGGUGAUGGAGAUAAGUAUCGCCUUGGGCAUGGUGACAGGUCUUCAAAACUGAAACCAACCUGUGUGCCUUCAUUAAUAGAUUAUAAUUUCCAUAAGGCUGCGUGUGGUCAUACUCUAACAAUUGGAUUGACUACUUCAGGCCACAUAUUUACUGCAGGGAGCUCUGUGUAUGGCCAGCUUGGCAAUCCCAAUAAUGAUGGAAGGUAUCCACGCCUAGUUGAAGAGAAGCUUGGUGGUGGUGGUGUUGUGGAAGUUGCCUGUGGAGCUUAUCAUGUUGCAGUAUUGACACAGAACGGUGAAGUCUACACAUGGGGUAAGGGUGCAAAUGGAAGAUUGGGUCAUGGUGAUAUUGCAGAUCGUAAGACACCUACACUUGUUGAGGCUUUAAGGGAUAGGUCUGUAAAACGCGUCGCUUGUGGAUCAGGCUUCACAGCUGCAAUUUGUCAACAUAAAUCGAUUUCUGGGAUGGAGCAGUCUCAGUGCUCAUCAUGCAGACAGCCAUUUGGAUUCACUCGAAAGAGGCACAACUGUUACAACUGUGGAUUAGUACAUUGCCAUUCCUGCAGUUCAAAAAAGGCUCUAAGAGCAGCAUUGUCCCCUAAUCCUGGAAAGCCAUAUCGUGUAUGUGAUUCAUGUUACCUGAAACUAAGUAAAGUUUUGGAUUCUGGUGUCAGUUAUAACAAGAACACUUCACCUCGCUUACCAGGUGAUACCAAGGCUGAUAAAAUGGACUCCAAGGCAAACAGAGUUGCAUCAGCUAAUAGCUCAGAUAUGAUCAAGAACUUAGAUGUGAAGGCAGCAAAGCAGACAAAGAAGCAUGACUAUCCACCACAGUUCCCUGUGAUUUUGCAGCUGAAGGACAUCCCUUUCAUUGGGGCUGCUGACCAGAAAUCUAACGACUCCACACACACUUCACGUUUGUUGAGACUGCCGAAUCUGAAUUCUUCUAGCUCCUUGUCGUCAGAAAGCUAUGAGAUCCUUAGAGAUGCAAAUGAACUUCUGAAGCAAGAGGUUCAAAAACUGAAGGAAGAGGUUAACAGCUUGAGACAGCAACGUGAACAACAAGAUGUAGAUUUGCAGAAAUCAGAGGCAAAAGCUCAUGAGGCCAUGACCCUUGCUGCUGAAGAAGCAUCCAAAUCGAAGGCAGCAAAGGAUGUUAUUAAAUCACUAACAGCACAGCUAAAAGAAAUGGCUGAAAGGCUUCCUCCAGCAUCAGGUGACAUAAAACAAGCACGGCAGACUUAUCUACCUGGUGGCGCAGUUUCUCCUGAGAUGGGGAGAGAAAACCAAAAGAGAUAUGAGCCAGGCAGCUUCCAGUACCCACAAACACCCACUUCUGUUGCAUCUGCUCGGUUUAAUGGGUUCCUAUCUCAAGCCCAUCAAAUAAGUGAAACCAAUGGUAACACCAUGGUUCCACAGGACAGCAGGCAUGACAGCAACGGCAAUGCAAAGGAGUUCCCAGUUGUGCAGCAGAUGGCCAAUGGUGGUGGAAUGACAGGGUAUCGUCCAAGAACAGAAGAUCAUGAUCGGCGGGAAGCAGAAAGGUUCCAAAUAAACCUUCAUGGUUUCAACAUGAGAGGUUCUAGCUCACCCAGCAACCAAGUCGAAGCUGAAUGGAUAGAACAAUACGAACCUGGGGUAUACUUAACACUAGUAUCUCUUCGUGAUGGAACCAAAGAGCUGAAAAGAGUGCGGUUCAGCCGGAGAAGAUUUGGAGAGCAUCAGGCGGAAUCGUGGUGGAAUGACAACCGUGAAAAGGUUUACGACAAGUACAACGUGCGGGGAACUGAUCGGAUUUCUUCAGUGAUGACAGCGUAGUGUGAUACCAGCUUGAAGGUAAAUGCUCAAAGUCUGGUUCAGAAAUGAGAAACCAGCACGGCUUUUUCGCCAUUUUGCCUGUCACAUAAUGUAACCAGUGCUCUCUUCCUGACUAUCUCCUGUACACUAUUGUUGUAUAGAAGAAUCAUAAUUCGUGGUGUUGAGUGUGUGACCUAUGAAUAGGGCAAAAAUACAGUGCUGUUGCUCUAUUGACCAAGAUACAAGGCCGUGUGUGUAUAUUCGUGGGGUGUUAAUGGAUGAAUCUUUAGCAAAGGUUCCUUCAUGUUGUGCAUUUUGCAUUUUCAUGAAUGAAAUCUCUGU